AUUCCUCGACUAUCUCCGACCACCGCUGCACCUUCACCGCCUGCCUCGCCCUUAUCAGCCACCUUGGAGAUACUGUAAACCCCUCGCCAGAAACUCGUCGUCCCCCUCCACUCUACCUCCUCACCUCGACCUCGACCUCGACCUCAACCGCCAACAUGGCCACGACCUUCUCCACCGCAACCGCUAUUCCGCAACCCCCAGCGUAUCAACACCACGCCUACCGCAAGUCGGCGCAGUAUUCCCCCACCGGCUCGACCUCCAACACAAACAUAAAUGUCUCGCCCACCUCGCCGCGGACUACACAACUGCCCCUCGGCCGCCAUCAGGGCAUCUACCAGCCUAGAACCGCCAUCGGUAUACCCGCAGCGCUGCGGAGGACGGAGAAGCCAGGCGGCAAAUCACCACCGAGAAUAGACUCGGGCGUUGGCUCUCCAAACAACGGCUGGAUUACCAACGGUGCCUGCCGUCAAGUCGCGAAUGACGGCAGCGCAACACCCGUCUCUCAAAUCGGCAAUGAAGACAUGCAGAGCCUCUACAACGACGUCCCACUCUCUCCAGUUACUGGUCCCAUUACGCGCAACCACUGGCAGGCGGAUACCUCCACUGCGAUAUGCUCGGCAUCCUCUUGCCAGGAACCAUUUGGCUUCUUCCAGCGUCGCCAUCACUGUAGAAAGUGCGGUGGCAUUUUCUGCUGGCAGCAUUCGGCGAACCAGGUUCGGCUCGACGAGCUAGCACGAUUCCAUCCCGACGGCUUGUGGCACCGUGCUUGCGAUCGCUGCCACAGUUCAUUCCGUGAAUGGGAGCAUCUACGAUCGAGCCGCACCAACAGCGAGAGCUCUGGUAGCAGCGUCGCCGCGAUCGAGGCGCCUGUACCCGCAAUGCCCGCGAAGCGUCCGGAAAACCAGCGAGUGGGUAGUCUGGCGCAGAGCUUCCAAGGCGCUUGGAAUUGGAGCACCUUCUGAGCACGCUUUCCGUGUAUCAGGCAUCGACUGCUGCCUGCACGUCUCCAACAUUCGA